UGAAGGGAGAGAGCGAGAGAGGGAGAGACGAGAAGCACAGCCACUGUGACCUGCCAUGUUUGGAAAGAGGGGCAUCAAAAACAAAGAGCUCAACAGCACUCAGCGACAAUAAUCUUCAUCAAGACACGAAUGGAAUACAUCAACACAGUCUGCGAACGCGAAGGAUACCCUAUCGUGGUCGAGUACAAUCCGACGCUGGGAAACCACGCAAAGGCAGCACGCGACAUUCCUCAAGGCGAAGGACUUUUGCGGGCAUUGCCCUAUGCGGCCGAGGUGUUUGACAACUACAAGAAGCGGAUGUGUCAUGUCUGUCUUCUCUACCACAACCGGAGUUCGUUCACGCAUCGGUGUCAGGAGUGUGAUCAGGUUUAUUAUUGUUCAGAAGCAUGCAAGGCCAUAGCCAUGGACCCACAGAUGGGGGCCCAUGGGAGGGUCUGUAGGACGUUACGGAAACUGGCGACGUGGAAUUCGAAUCGGCAUACGAAAAGUAUGAUUAAGUUAUUACUCCAGGUGUUGUUGAACCAUUGGCGGGAAAGACAUGGUAUCCCGACGGCGUAUCAGAGUCGGAAGACGAUUCAGGAGGAGAAGGCCUUGGAUGAGGAGAGAAAUGGAAGUGGGGAGGGAGGACUGGACGGCGCGGACAAGGAGGAGGAAGGUCAGUUAGCGGAGCAAUUGCACGAGACCUUAAACCUCACGGAUCCGGACACAGCGGCUAUUGCGCCGCCCACUGCUCAGGAACAAGGGUCGAGCGAGACAAGGUGUGGAGGGGCGGAUCAUGGCAGGGACCGGAUCCAAGAACCGGUCGAGAAUGACUUUUACGACGUGCUGCGUCUGCAAUCCCAUUUUGAGGAUUGGGACGAAGAAGAUACGAAGGACUGGAACCGACAGUCCCAAACGGUGCUCUCGUUCCUGGAGAUGUCGGGUCUGACGGAGAUAGCGACGGAGCCGGGUGGGGCCCUCAAGAAGUUGACGAGGACGGAUAUCAAGAAGUUGAUCAGUACGCUCGAGAGUAAUGCGUUUGGGAUGUUUGAUCGGAUGAAAAAGAAGCCCGUGUGCUUUGGUCGAGCUAUCUACCCAAUUGCAUCGUUCUUCAACCACUCUUGCGAAUGCAACGCCACAGCCGUGCAGGCGGACGGGUCCCUAGGCGAGGUAACAGGAGACGACGUCGUGGGAUUCAUGGAAUCAAAGGAAGCCGAGAUCCACAAGGAUUCGUCUGCUGCAGCAGUAUCAUCCGUAUCAGAACCACCCGCGCCUUUGCCCACACCCUCGGAGACCUCUGCUGUUGCUUCGAAUGGCGAGGAACUUGAACAGGCCAAGAACUCGGAGAAGGAAGAGGACGAGGACGAUAUUGCCACUGCUACCGCUGCAGAUAGUGUGGACCCAUACGACUGCAGGAUCGGCGGGUUCAGGAUGAUGACAUUUUUCGCCAUCAAGGAUAUUGCGAAAGGCCAAGAUAUCACGAUUUCCUACAUUGAUACCGAGAUGCCGCUUCAUGCCCGCCGAUUGGCGCUUUUGAGCGACUACCACUUUCACUGCUGCUGCGAACGCUGCUUGAGAGAGGAGAAAUCCGGGGGCUCGUCAUCAUCAUCCAAAAAGGCCGCCAAGGAGAACAAGGGCGCGAAGAAAGGCGGAAGAGUCAAGGGCAAGGCAGACAAGAAAGCAAAGAAAUCCAAAUAAAAGUCGUUCGAUAUCAAUGAUAAC